UCUCCUACCAAAACAGGCUCCCAGAGUGGCUUUCACAGAUUAAUAAGAAGACAGGCUCUCUGCCCUCCACCCCAGGCUUACAAUCUAAAAGACGCAACACAAAAGGGAAAGGGAUUGGGAGGGACACAGAAAACAAAACUCAGGCACCGGUUUUUAGUUUCAAAGUUCUUAUAGAUGUUCUUUCAGGCAGUGAAGGGUGAAAGAAGCUCAGUACAGUUCUUCCUUCUCUGGCGGCUAGGUUGGUCUCCUCGUUGUCGCGAUUAUCCUGGGAAAGAGGGUGUGUGUGUGUGUGUGCAAUGUCCCAGUGGCCUUUGGCCUCAUCCGUCAGCCAAAGUCCCCAGGGAACUGUCAGUUGGAGCUUUGGGCAGAAUCCAACUGUGUCAUUCUACAAUCUCAAACAGCACUUGUGGAGCUGAACCUUUCUGUUAUGUAAGCAGUGACCCAUUAUGCUUGCACCGCUUGUUGCAGAAACAGAAUGGGUUGCAUAAUGGGUUGCACAACAGUUAUGCACAACUGCUUGCACAGCAGGAUGCACGUGCAUAAUGCGCAACCACACUUGCACAAACAUAACUUUAGCUGGUUUCUUCUCUUGCGCAUAAUUUCCUCUAGCGCAACAUGAUUUGCACUAACAGAACGACACUGUUGGAUACUGCGCAUAGGGGGUCCUUCGGGCAUGGAUGGGUGAAAUGGUCUCCUUGCAGCUGCUCCCUCUCUGGUUGAUGUUCUUCCAGGGAAGCAGAGGGUGAAGCAGGGAUAUACUUAAGCUUUAAAACCAUAGGAACAGGGCCACAGGCUGGGGGUUUCAGGAGAUUUAUAAGGUCUGUAACAGAAUUAGGACUCUAUCUAACAGAAGAAGGUGGUCAAAUAGAUUCCUUAGCCCCAAAGGCCUCUGCAGUGGAAGGUCUGGUACUGACACACUCAUGGCUCUCACUCUUGAAGCUGGUGGUGCCAUAAGGGUAAGACUUUGGGGCAGUAGCCCAGAGCCUCCAAACAAAGUACGGCUGGCUUACCACUUUAUUUUUUUUAAAAAAAGGAAACAAAAUAAUACAUAUUGCCAUCAAAAGAGUGUGUAUGUGAGAGAGAGACCAUUAAGUUCUGAGUCUAAAAUUGCCUAACUGCACCACUGAACACAGUGCCCAUAUUUUGCCCUGAAUGAACAUGAAAAUGUGACAUGUGCAUCCUGUGAGGGGUUAAUGCCAGUGAACUGGCCAGAAUUCAAGGUAACCAAAGACCUGCAAGGAUUAACAUUAUUUAAGGAAUUAGAGACUCUGUCUUCUACAAGCUUGGCUUAUGGAAAGGAGAGAGUGAGAGUGAGUAGGGAAGACGUACAAGUAGUGUGUGGUCCGAGCCUGGUCCAACAUGGAAACUGAAGCGAAGAUGAAUGAUAACAUCAAGGACACCAGGGCUGAUAUAACUCACAAGGAAGACUCCGUCGCCGAUUCAAAAAGCGAAAUGAAAGGUGCUAAGGAGCCAUCUGCAUUCUAUUGCAUGUCCAAGCUGAGGGUAUUUCUGGUGGCGUUAUCGUUUUCCUAUGUAGCCAAGACCAUGUCAGGAGCCUACGUGAACAGCAUGCUCACACAGAUUGAACGGCGCUUCAACAUCCCCGCCUCGCUGGUUGGCGUUAUCAAUGGAAGCUUUGAAAUGGGUACCUUUCUUGUGACAGCCUUUGUGAGUUACUUGGGAGCAAAACUCCACCGACCCCGCAUGAUGGCUAUUGGUUGUGCAGUUAUGGGCGUGGGAUGUUUUUUGUUUGGGCUGCCUCAUUUCCUGAUGGGAAGGUACCAGUAUGAAAACACCAUUUCCUUAGCUGAAAAUUCUUCAAGGAUGGCUGUUUGUCUUGCAAAUCAUAGCGAUUUUACAGAGCGACCCUCAAAACAAUGUGAAAAACCAGCUGGAUCCUCCAUGUGGGUAUUUCUGAUGGUGGGGAACAUCAUUCGAGGAGUGGGCGAAACUCCCAUCACUCCUUUAGGCAUUUCGUAUAUAGAGGAUUUCGCAAGAAGUGAAAAUUCUCCUUUCUACAUUGGCUGCCUACAGAUGGCAACCAUCUUGGGGCCUUUGUUUGGUUUAAUGAUUGGUUCCUAUUGUGCUCAGCUGUAUGUGGAUGUUGGAUUCGUAAACACAGAGGACGUGACGUUGAGCCUCACGGACACUCGCUGGGUUGGGGCUUGGUGGCUGGGGAUCUUGAUCUGCUCCGCUGUGAACUUCCUUGUCGCCAUCCCCUUCUGCUUCCUACCCAAGACUCUUCCGAAGGAAGGAGAGGAGGACAGCCCCGACCAAGCGGCCAAGAGCAACAAGACACUGCUACAAACUGGAAACGCAGGGAAUGCCAAAAUGAAAAUACGUGAGAUUGCCAAAGAUUUUGUCCCCUACCUGAAAAGCCUCUUUCACAACCGAGUUUACAUGCUAUUCAUAUGCAUCACCGUGAUUCAGUUCAAUGCAUGGAUUGGGAUGAUUACAUUUAUGCCAAAAUACCUGGAGCAGCAAUAUGGAAUAUCUGCAUCAGAUGCCAUUUUCCUAAUAGGUGUGUACAAUCUACCGAUUAUAUGUGUUGGAUAUUUUUUUGGAGGCCUCAUGAUGAAGAAAUUCAAGAUAAGCACCUAUAAAGCUGCCCACAUAGGAUUUUGGAGUUCUAUCAUUGAGUAUCUCAUCUACUUUACUGCUUUUCUAAUGAUCUGCAAAAAUGCUUCAGUGGCUGGCUUAACUGUCUCCUAUGAAGGGAUGGAUCAUGUCUCCUAUGGGGAAACAAACCUGCAUGCAGAUUGUAACCGUGGCUGUGGCUGCUCAACUAAGCUGUGGGACCCUGUUUGUGGAGACAAUGGAAUUACUUACGUUUCAGCAUGUCUUGCCGGAUGUGAAGUGUCAAAUGGGACUGGGAAACAUACAGUCCUGGGAAACUGCUCCUGCAUUUCAGCUCCCGGAUUUCCAUCUGGAAAUGGCUCAGCGGUGUUGGGUCAAUGCAACCGAGAGGAGAACUGUGGCAUGAUGAUGCAGUACUUCUUAAUUUUAUCAUUAGUCUGCUGUUUAAUUUAUUCCUUUGGAGCCAUGCCAGGUUACAUGGUCCUAAUAAGAUCCCUAAAGCCUGAGGAGAAAUCGUUUGGUGUGGGCCUCCAUGGCCUGGCAGAAAGAGUGUUUUCUGGAAUUCCAUCACCUAUUUAUUUUGGAGCCACGAUUGACAGGGCGUGCUUGAAGUGGGGAACGAAGAAGUGUGGUGGCGAAGGAGCGUGCCGGCUGUACAAUUCGGACACGUACAGAUAUUUGUACCUCGGCUUACCGUCAGUCCUCCGUGCCCUGUCGUACAUCCCUUGCGUGUUUGUACUCCUCAUUUUAAGGAAAGAAUCACAGAAUCUGACAAGUGAGGGCAUAGAGAUGGAAGCCAAAGAAGAGGAAAAUGGACCAGUGGAACCGAAGGACUUAUCCGAAGCUCAGAAUUCUACAAACGUGCAACCCGAGAAAAUGGAUGGUGUGACUGUGACCUUCACAAAAGACUGUCCCAAGUGAAGGAAGUGUUGGCCAUUAGAACUAAUGUACAUCACCUAUAGAAAUCCUUUGCGAAUAUAUACAUUUCAUACCACAGGCAGUGGUGGGUGACUAACACUGCUACUUCUCCAUUUGUAAAGCUGUGAAUAACAUGUGGGUUUUACUGUGAUGUCCAGAAGAUGGCCGUGUGUGUGUGUAUAUAUGUGUAUGUAGUCAUUUCAAGAGCUCUACAAAAGAAUGGAAGGGAUACAAGUGGCUGUGCUAGUUUUUACUACUGUUUUACCAUAUAUUGCCUUGCCAGGAGGUCUCCCACCCAGGCACUGAUUAGGACCCAGACCCAAUUGGCUUCAGGAAGGUCACUGCAUCAAGUCAAGAGCAGCUGGGACUGACUGCUCUGGGGCCGGCCUUGCCCUUAGGCAGAGUGUGGCAGCCACCUCAGGCGGCGACUGGAUCGUUUCUUCAGACGAACGUUUUAUAGCACACUCUUGACUGGCCACUCACAGAUGUUCGUGGGCCAUUUUCAUGACACGGUGAUCCUCCUGUGCAUCUUCCGCUCCUUCUGCUCUUCCCCCCCCCCAAAAAAUAAGACCCCGAAAACCUGACUUUUCAGAGCUAUAGCGAUAUUUGUGGACAUUUUCUGCCAUGUGCAGAAGUUGUGCUAUAAAACAUCCACUAGAGGGUGCUGUCUCACUAAAGUGAACGACCACAUGGCUGUUGCUUUCUUCCCCAUGUGACUCUGUUCAUCCCUAUUGCAGAAGAGAACCAAGAAGCGGAGCAAUGAUAAGGCAACGCGAUUCCUCACCCGUCUGAAAAUCAUCGUAGAGGGGUGGGCAGUAGUGCUGAGGUGUUAGAGGCCACAGCCGACCCUGUUCUCCCUAAAUUACUCUGCUUCCCUGAGGUGCAGUAGAUGGCAGUGGAGGCUGGUGGCUCUGAUUUUGAUGGGGCUUUGAAUCCAUCCUGGGUUUCAGUCAGAACCAGCCAGAACUCUAAAGGAGCUAUCCAGUUUUGGGAUAGCUCCUUUGGAGUUCUGGCUGGUUCUUUCUGAAACCCAGAAUGAGUUCAAAGCCCCACGAAAACUGGAGCUACAACUGGUGUUGAAGUAAGAUUCAAAAGUUAGCCCAGUUCGCUUUACAAUGGAAUAGGGAGCGGACGCCAUCCUGUUCUUUGCCACAAGCAGCAACAUGAUAAGAAUGAAUGAAUAAAUGGAUUGUUUAUUACA